CCUAGACUUAUCCUGCGUUACUGAGGUUGACUGUUAUUGGUACAGAUCUGAAAUUGAUCGUUUGACAGAACUAUUGCAUUCGAGAACUGCUGAUUUACCUGCUGGGGAUGAGGACAGGACUGAGGCAAAUCUUCCAAAGCCAGUAUCUGACUUGGAAAGAGAUCCGGAAUUUGCAAGCACUUCUACAAAAGAAAAAGGGAUUGCGACAAACGGACUCCAUGGCGCCAUUUCCACCCCGAUUAUCAGUUCUAAAGUUCCUGAAGAUAAUGUUGCUUCACCUGCUGAGCUUGCAAAAGCUUACAUGGGCAGUAGGCCUUUGAAAGUAUCACCAUCAAUAUUGGGUUUGCGCAGCCAAGCUCCAAAGGAAGACGCAAUUUUGCCAAGUAAUGUUCCAUUUCCUCCCAAGUCACCCUUCACGUCACUGGUAUCAAAGACUGCUGUCCAUGUUGGAGUUCCUGAUAAUGGUUUUACAACCCCAAGAUCUCGUAGCAGAUCUGCGAUAUACAGCAUGGCUCGUACCCCAUAUUCCAGGGUUUAUUCAACUGCCUCCCAAAAGGGUACUAAAUACACAAAUUCUGGUUAUGGUGGAUCACCAUCAUCAUCACUUCGCACAUGGGAGCAUGACGGAGAGUUGGGGUCUAAGCAACUGGCGAUAAAGCGAAGAAGUUCGGUACUUGAUGAUGAUAUUGGGUCUGUUGGUUCCAUGCGCAGAAUCAGACAGAAGCCUAAUCUUUUAUCUCAAAGGGUUCCUCUUUCUACUCAUGGAGUGGAAAUUGGUUCUGAUCCUGCCCAACAUCCUGCAUCUUCGACCAAGAAUCUGAUUUUCAAUGGUGAAAAUAAGGAUAAGGUCUCUAAAACUGUCAGCGAGAAUGAUGAUAGUAGCUUCGCUAGUACAAGUUAUGCCUCUGUUCCUUCAAAGUCCAGUGAGAUAGCCACAAAAAUUUUGCAGCAUCUCGAAAAGUUAACCCCAAAGAAAAAAUCAUUAGAAUCUAAGCUAGCUGCUGCGAGGAUGAAAUCAGCCGUCGAAUUGACACCUAAUUUGCUUCAUGGACAAGCUCUUAGGAGUAUGGAGAAUGCAGAUUCAUCACGGUUACUGCAGAAUUCACAAGAUGGUUGUCAAAUGGAGGAUUUUCAUAACAAUAGUUUACCUGAUGCUCGUGAUUCUUCCUCUCAAAGGCAUGAUAAAGUUGAAGAAAAUGGUCCGAAAAAGUUUGCUGUUCCUUGUGAUACUUUGACUCCUGCAGUGAAUGGUGAUUCCACUGUCUCAGUCAAAGAUGGUGUACCCGCCAUUAGAACUGCAGAUUCUUCCAUUACAAAGCAUGUCACUCAACCUCUUCAAAAGAAACGGGCUUUUCAGAUGAGUGCGCAUGAGGAUUCGUUGGAGAUGGAUGCUGAUAUAUAUCUGAAUAGGCCUUCAUCUGUAUUGUUGGCUGAAGGGAGAGGAAUACAGGAGACAACUGAGGUGGAGAGCAACUCCGUAUCUUCUGAAGUAACAACACUGGACAAAGCUGGAGCUUUGCCUAAAGUCAAGACAUCUGUAGAUCCUGCUUUGGACAAAAGAACUGGUUUGGAAACUGCUUAUGGGUCUGUGGUUGGUGAUAAAAUUGGUGAAUUUCAUUUCCCUACUUCACAUGCUCCCAGCACAAGUUUCCAGCCGGCUGUUCUUAGUCAAUCAGCCCCUGCAUUCGGUAAAAUUACUUCACCAAAGGAAGCAAAUGGUCCUCCUACAUUGUUUAGUUUUAUCUCUAAAAAUGUCGAUAAGGUUCCACCAUUUGCAUUCAAUUCCUCAUCUUCUGUUGACGAGUCUUCAGGCCCAAAAUCUAGCGCAUGGUCAGUUUCAAAACCAAAAAACAGUUUGGCCAAUGAAGCUUCUGGUCGCACUGACACUGAGCUGAAAAUUUUGGAAUCAGAUAAUGAUGAUAAUAAGAACACUCGAAGGCUGCAGAUAUGA